AUAUUUCUGUGGUGGCUGUAUACCCAAAAGGGGUUUCUCUAACAACGCUCACCAGAGCCAGAAAGCAAGAAAAAGCAAAGAAUUUUGCAAUCCACAAAGCUCUCUUCCCACACAGAUAUCCAUUCUCUAUACCCUUUAGCUCCAUAUCCCCAACACUUGAUCAACUUCACUAUUCUCUCUUUACCCUUUUCAUCUUAUCUUUUCCUUUUUUUCUAUCUUCUCCGAUCUCGCCCUCUAUCUUCUGCUAUGGAUCCAUUUGAUUUGGUUCGCAAAGGUUUUGGAUAAGUCUUGCUGCAGCUCAAGGUUACUCUUUCUGUCAGUGUCUUUAUAUGCAUGUAGUCUCUUUUGUUUCCAUUUUGGUAUAGAAAUGAGCUUAUCAAAGAAAGGGUCUCAAACCAACAAUACACAGCUGAAUAUUCCAAACAAGGCAACGGCUUUGAAUCCCAAUGCAGCAGAGUUUAUUCCCUUCUCCCUCAGAUCAUCAUCUUCACCGUCUGGAAGUGCAUCAAACACGGCAGCUGCUACAGCAAGAUUUGCUGCUUCUGGGACCGUAGGGAAAGCAGUGCUUGACCGAUCGGAGUCAUCUGUUUCUAAUGCUUCUGAUGAUGAGGCCCAUCAAUUCUGGCGCCACCAGCUUCCUGAUGAUAUAACUCCUGACUUCAAGGUCAUGGGCGAAGAUGAAUCUCAAGCAUUUGGAGGCAUCUCUAUAGCAGGCUUGUCUUUAAAUGACAGCAGUGAAGUUACAAAAUUCCCUGUUUCUUUAGGCAGUGGAUACAUAUUGCCCGAGCAACAAGAACCAUCCCCACGGCAUAUUAAUGGUAGCAGCUUCAGUGAAAAGAUGAGAUUUGUUGCUAAUUCUUAUGGAGAAGAUCCUACUUCAGCUAGUUAUUUGAAUUUGCCCACUAAGCCCUGGGACAAGCAAAUUAUUAGCAGUGAUCAGCUUCUUGGCAAUGUUAGGGAGGUACCUGGACAUCCAUACAAUGGGAAUUCAAGACCUGGAUUCAUGAAUGACAUGUUAGGCGAGCAUGCAAUAGUUGAUGAUACUGACAUGAAUCCUUUGGAGUUUUUGGCUUCACAGUUCCCUGGAUUUGCCGCCGAAAGCCUUGCAGAAGUCUAUUUUGCUAAUGGAUGCGACUUAAAUCUCACUAUUGAGAUGCUUACUCAACUAGAGCUUCAAGUUGAUGGUGGUUUUAGUCAGAAUAUGAACUCAAAGACGUAUUCAGCUCCCAAUCUGAGUGCCCUGGACUUUCCAGCACUUCCUGCACAAGAUGGUCAGAAUGGUGCUUCAAAAUAUGCUGGAGAUGAUCUUCAGCAAAGCAGCAAUCCUUAUCGAUCUUCUGACAAAGAGAACAUUCUUUUAUUUAAGUCUAGUUCUUCCACUCCGUCUAGAGGUGGUGGAAUAGAUUUUGCUUCAGCUGUCAGGAAGUUGGCAUCACAGGAUUCUGGCAUGUGGAAGUAUGACAGAAAUGGUUCUGCUGAUUCCUCAGUUGGCUCAAGCAGAAGUUCCCAUGUUUUAGCUAGCUCAUAUGGUAGUGGGAAUGGGAGAGCUGCUUAUGCUGAUAGAAUGCAAAAUCGUGGUUCAGCUCGAGCAGCUCCUGUCUGGCUUGAAACUGGAGAAGCAGUGGGAAAUAUGUAUUCAGAUUUGCGGGAAGAAGCUCGUGAUCAUGCGCGGUUACGGAAUGCCUACUUUGAACAGGCACGGCAAGCAUACCUCAUUGGAAAUAAGGCUCUAGCCAAGGAAUUGAGUGUGAAGGGGCAGCUGCACAAUAUGCAUAUGAAAGCAGCUCAUGGGAAGGCACAUGAAUCUAUUUAUCGCAUGAGGAACCCAGCUGGCCCAGAGUUGCAGGUGGAUGGGAGGGGACAUGAGCGGAUGAUAGACCUUCAUGGUCUACAUGUAAGUGAAGCCAUCCAUGUGCUGAAACACGAACUGAGUGUUCUGAGGAGCACAGCACGUGCGGCAGAGCACCGUCUGCAGGUUUAUAUAUGCGUUGGGACAGGUCAUCACACCAGGGGUUUGCGCACUCCAGCCAGACUUCCAAUUGCUGUCCAGCAAUACCUGCUUGAAGAAGAGGGUCUUGACUACACUGAACCGCAGCCAGGUCUGCUUCGAGUCGUGAUCUAUUGAGCCAAAAGACUAGACUAUGCGAGGUAUAGGAGUUUUUUAACAUAAUGCAAAAUCCAUCCAGAGUUGUAGUCAUGAAAUUAUUCUUGUAUCUGUACAUGAGAAGAAAUGGAAGACAGAAGUAGUUGAAAGCCUUGAAAAAUGGAAAGAAAAAGAAAAAGGAAAAGAGAGAAAAAAAUCAAAAAGUUAGGGAGGGGAAGGGUUUAAGAAAAUGAAGUAGAAGUGUACCAUUAAGGUUUAACCGGUUGACAGUAGCAUUACUUUCGGGAGCCAUCAGGGGACCCUACAUCAGCCGAUGUUUUUGCAUUUUGUUAAUUUUGUACCUUAUUUUUUGUUACAUUCCUUUUUUUUCUUUUUUCUUCAGAUAUAACUGACAGAAUUGAAUUACAUGAUAGUACAAUUCAUCAAGCA